CGAAAUUUCAACCUUUUUUUUUUUCUGUAUCAACUCCGACUUCGACUUCAACGUCAACAAGUCUUGUCUGCGCCCAAACACUCUCCCUUUUUCCUUCUUUUUCUGCUAACGAGUUUCCUUCCGGACAUACACAUAUCAGUCUCCUUUUCCAUCCUAUUAAAGAGACUGCCUCCUCCUGUUUUACUCAAAAGUCAUCUAUAUUUGUUUUUGUGUUAAAACUAGACUUCUCGGGGACCUUGUUUGUUCAUCCCACUAUUAGGGCUUUUUUCUAUCGAUAAGGCCAAGACCCCGCUAUAGAAAAUCAGGAAUUAUUAAUACUUUGGUUUUAAUUCGAGUACAACGCGAAGAAGAAGCAAAAAAGAACACAAUCGCAAAAAUGGUAUCGGCAUCGAAGGCUGCUCGUCAGGCAAAGCGUGCUGCGGACGGAAAAGAUGACAAGAAGAAGUCCGCCACAUCGAGACUGUCAUCCAGAGUCAACUCGAAAAACGCAUCUCGAGCCUCAUCCGUGAACGGGGAAGAAGAAUUUGUCCCCGAAGAGUCGGCAACCUCCGCCUCCAAGUUGUCCGAUGUCAAGAAAUUGACCUCCCAGAUGGAUAAAUUUGGCUUGUCGGAUCGUGUAACCACUGGUGUCCUUGCGUCUCUUCCCUCCAGCCGUGACGUCAAGAUUAACUCCGUCUCCCUCGUGUUCCACGGCCGGGUACUUAUUACCGAUGCAAUCCUCGAGCUCACCUAUGGCCGACGAUACGGCCUCUUAGGCGAGAACGGUUGCGGAAAGUCGACACUGAUGAAGGCUAUUGAUAAGCGAGAGUUCCCCAUCCCCGAACACGUCGACAUCUAUCUACUAAACGAGGGUGCGCCACCUAGUGACCUAGGAGCCCUUGAGUGGGUUGUCAAGGAGGCAGAGAACGAAAUGGAGAGAUUAGAUAAAUUAGCAGAGGAGAUAUUGGAAAAGGAUGGCCCGGAGAGCCCUAUCCUAGAAGAUCUAUACGAGCGUAUGGAAACCAUGGACCCUUCGACUUUCCAAACGAGAGCAUCCCUUAUUUUAACUGGCCUGGGUUUCAAUAAGUAUACCAUUAAAAAGAAGACGAAGGAUAUGUCCGGUGGAUGGAGAAUGCGAGUGGCCCUGGCCAAGGCUCUUUUCGUCAAACCCUCUCUACUCCUCCUCGACGACCCAACGGCCCAUCUGGACCUCGAAGCUUGCGUGUGGUUGGAAGAAUACCUCAAGAAAUGGGACCGCACUCUCGUCCUCGUUUCCCACAGCAUGGACUUCUUGAACGGAGUUUGCACCAACAUGAUUGACAUGCGUCAGAGCAAGCUGAUCUACUAUGGUGGCAACUACGACGUUUACCACAAGGUCCGCCACGACCAGGAAGUCAAUCAGAUGAAGGCGUACCACAAGCAACAAGAAGAAAUUGCCCACAUCAAGAAGUUCAUCGCGUCCGCCGGUACCUAUGCCAACCUUGUCCGACAAGCCAAAUCCCGCCAGAAGAUCCUCGACAAAAUGGAGGCAGACGGCUUCAUCCAGCCUGUCGUCCCGGAUAAGGUCUUCACAUUCCGUUUCGCAGAUGUUGAGAAGCUCCCGCCCCCAGUCCUCUCAUUUGAUGACGUCACAUUCUCCUACAGCGGAAAGCCAGAAGAUAACCUGUACGAGAACCUCGACUUCGGUGUCGAUAUGGACUCCAGAACCGCCCUUGUCGGGCCAAACGGUGUUGGAAAAUCAACCCUCCUCCGCAUCAUGACGGGCAAACUCAGCCCCACCGGCGGCAGAGUCUCACGGCACACCCACUUGAAGCUCGGAAUGUACAGUCAGCACUCUGCAGAGCAGCUCGACCUCACAAAAUCCGCCCUCGAAUUCGUCCGCGACAAAUACCCGGAGAAGAGUCAAGAUUACCAAUACUGGCGCCAGCAGCUGGGUCGGUACGGGUUGAGCGGUGAUGCACAAACCGCCCUCAUGGGAACUCUCUCGGAGGGCCAAAAAAGCAGAAUCGUCUUCGCGCUACUGGCCAUUGAGGGCCCGAACAUGUUGCUUCUCGAUGAACCUACCAACGGCCUCGAUAUUCCCACCAUUGACAGUCUGGCUGAUGCUAUCAACGCGUUCAGCGGUGGUGUCAUUGUUGUUUCUCACGAUUUCAGACUCCUCGACAAAAUUGCCAAGGACAUCAUGGUCUGCGAACACAAGACCGUCCGCCGAUGGGAUGGUAGCAUCGGAGAGUAUAAGGACCACUUGCGAAAAAAGAUGUUGUCCGCUGGACAGGUUUAGAUAGAUUUCAUUUGUAUGUUGUUUCUUUUUUAAAGUUGGAGGCUUUUUUUUUAUCCCUCUUAUUUUAAUUCGUGCCCAGUGGGUUUUAUACGCUAUCGGUUUGCUGGCUCUGGUUUUUUUUUUUUUUCAUAUACAUCUUUUUUCUAAAAAAAUCAAGCCUGUUGUUGAAUUAUGGAGCAUUGUGCCAAACGGCCACGCGAAAGAGAGACUCAUUUUUAGUUCAUUGGACCCAAAAGAUUUCCAUGGUUUAUUUAUUUAUUUAUUUUUCGUCCACUUUUCAUUCUUAGUCUAAUUGUUAUUCUGCGAAAGAAAAAAAAGAAAAAAAAAAUAACAGAACAAAAAAAUCCGCGAGAGAAAUGCAUAUAGAGAAUACUCCGUGCUCCGUACUUAUUUUUGCCCAUAUCAACAACCUUUCUCGCCUAUAUCGGCGGCCCCCUCCUUCCCCACCCCAAUUCCCUUUGUUUUUGCCAACUUAUGUGUUUGGGGUGAGGAAAAUCUUGCGCGAUUACAUAUAUUCCUAUUGAAGAGGAAUGAAUUUAUGAUAGGUCUAUCAAAAGGGCAACAAAAAACAAGACCAAAUGAAUGAAUGAACGCAAGAAAGAAAGAAAGAAAGCAACGAGGUCUUUGCAGUAGGCAAAUUCAAUUGGAUAUUAAUUAGCAGUUUAUGAUAUGGGUAUACUACAGUGUAUAAAUUUUUCUGACGAUAUACAGUAUGUACAUUUCACUCGGUUUCCUCUUUCCAUCCAGACAGGGCACGGUGGCAAUGAAGCCCCUUUUGUAGUGUGCGUGAAGCAUAUUAAAAAUGGGAGCCAUAUCUCUCACAAUGGUAGAUUUUAUUCCGAUUACUCCAUGGGUAGAUAGGUGGAUAACGGAAGUGUAGGUAGGUGUAGCAGAUCUUUUUCCCCCAAAAAACGCACACCACUCCUGCCGGUCACCACAGGGUAACCGUCCUCCGUACUAAUUAUGAGUACUCAAAUGUAUAUGUACAUGUACAGUACCUACUACCGCCCCACCAUCAAUCCACCGCCCCACCCUUCCUCUUCCUCUCCUCCAUCAAAUCCCCCCCAAAAAGCCUCUGCCCCUCCCUCUCAAACCGCUCCCUCUCCAACUUCCGCUUCUUCGCCGCCCGCUGCAGUUCCGCCUCAUCCUCACCACCAGGACCAGUACCCGCAGCACCACCAGCACCAGCACCACCAGCACCAACUUCGCCAGCCGCAGCCGGCGUCCCUGCCCCCGUCGUAGCAGCAGAGGACCCCUCGCGCUUCGCGGUGCGGUUUAAACUGCGCAGAUCUAUCUUCUCGGGGUUCUGGCAGUGGUAGAGUUUCCUGCCGAUGCGUUUGAGGUUUUUCAUCGUGGCAGGGGCGGUUGUGGGGGUG